GUGUGGCCCUUGUUUAAGGAUAGCCCCAGCUUUCAAUGCUCUGAGUAACAAAUAUCCCCAGGCAGCUUUUUUGGAAGUAGAUGUACAUCAAUGCCAGGGAACAGCUGCUACCAAUAAUAUAUCGGCAACACCAACAUUUCUGUUUUUCCGAAACAAAGUGCGAAUCGACCAGUAUCAAGGAGCAGAUGCUGUAGGCUUAGAAGAAAAAAUUAAACAGCACCUGGAGAAUGAUCCUGGAAACAGUGAGGAUACAGAUAUCCCAAAAGGAUAUAUGGAUUUAAUGCCAUUUAUCAAUAAAGCCGGCUGUGAAUGUCUUAAUGAGAGUGAUGAGCAUGGAUUCGAUAAUUGUUUACGUAAAGACUCUACCUACUUGGAAUCAGACUGUGACGAGCAGCUGCUUAUUACUGUAGCUUUUAGUCAACCUGUCAAGCUUUAUUCUAUGAAACUUCAGGGGCCAGAUAAUGGGCAAGGUCCAAAGUACAUAAAAAUCUUCAUCAACCUUCCACGAUCUAUGGAUUUUGAAGAAGCAGAAAGAAGUGAACCAACUCAAGCCCUGGAGCUGACACCAGAUGAUAUUAAAGAAGAUGGCAUUAUCCAGCUUCGCUAUGUGAAAUUUCAGAAUGUUAAUAGUGUAACUUUGUUUGUCCAAUCCAAUCAUGGUGAUGAAGAGACAACAAGGAUCACGUACUUCACAUUUAUUGGGACUCCAGUCCAAGCAACAAAUAUGAAUGACUUCAAGCGAGUAGUUGGCAAAAAAGGAGAGAGCCACUAGGACGCAGAAGACACUGGAAGGCCUUAUCGCAAUCAAAGAGAUCUUCACUCUUAUCUACAACUCCUGGAUAAUUGCUUGAUCAUAACCAGAGACUGUCAGUCUGUUUCAUUUAAUGCCAUUACAAAUAAAUCAUUGCUUU